UUCGUUGACGUUCAUUUGUUUUCCCACAAUUUCCGUUAGUUGUUUGGCGCAUAUGUUUGGCGUCGCUGUUGUUUGCGUGAAUUGAGCGGGUUGUCACGUAGUCCAUACGCUUGGUUGUUCAACACUAAAUUUUGCUAAAAAAUCUUCGACGUUUAGCAUUUUUUAACUUUGCAGUCGUUUGUUAGCGUAGCAGUAAAGUUUUGCGGAGACUCCAAUAUGUCGUCCACUAAAUCAAGCACCGGAACCGAUGAUCUUCUAGGCGGUUAUUUUUCAGAAUCGUGGGUGGAAAUUGGCGGAGGAUUGUGCCCUCAAGGCGGUGGCACCCCGGCAUCAAUCACUCAACAAUUGACUGCUGAUGAUUAUCUGCGUCUACUCAAAGAAGCACAGGAGUCCAACCAGUCUUCAUGCAGAGACUCAUUGGCUGGCUCUCGCAGAGAUUCUCCAAGAAGCAGCCCCAAGUCGCCGCCAAACAGCCCCGUAAACCAGGGGCCUACCCUGGCUUUGGAAUGGCAAUCUUACUACGUGACUUCCGAGUCUAGAGAGGAAUUCCUCCCCAUUGAUUGGAGCAGCCGACCCAGUUCCAUUCCGCCAAAGUCAUGGAGCUUCCGUGCUCCUCACAGGAACGACAGGUUCAGUCUACGCUACGCGAAAAUAGGGAACACUCCUCUAUUCUCCAAGAAGGGAAUCUGCAUUAUGGUCCUCUCUAAUCUGUUUUCCCUUCUGGUGGGCGCAGGAGUUGGAGUUAUCAUCAGCCGUUGCGGUGUGCACUUGCCUGUGCCUGCGAUUAAAGUUCGUUAAACGUUAGUUCUCACAGGUGUGCAAAGCUAUAAAGUCCCAUUCAUUUUAUAUUUUUAAUGUUGAUUUUCUAACAACACAUCACGUCAGUGAUCUUUUAUUUUGUUUUUUUCUUGAUAAGAAUUUCAGUUUCGUUUCAUUACUAGUUUCUUUGUAGCUUUGAGAGCCGCCGACUGAAUGAGACUGGCAAUUUUUUUCUACCUAAGUAAGAGUUAACUGUUUUAUUUAUGAGAGAUAUUUACAGCUGUUCUAGGAUCAGCUAGAUAUAAGCCGUUUUUUGCUAUUUGCAAACAGCAUUGAAAAGAUGGCAUAUCUAUUUAAGUUACUUAUUUCAUCUAUCUAAAUACACGUUCGAGAUUCAUUUACUAACAAGUGUGGAGACUUAGAUUCAUGGGGACGUAAUGGUGAAACUUGUUUGUAGCACAGUUACUUCCACACUGGUUCAUGUGCUCGAUCUCUAUGUUUUCCUCAACAUCAAUAACCAUCUUGAUAGCUUAGUUGUAAUUUUAUAAUUAUUCACCUGUACUGAGAAAUAAACUAAUAAAUUUUGUAACGUGUA